AUGUCUUCUGAUAAAUCUCAAUCAGAAGCGGAGAACAUGUUAUCUUUCAAACGGUAUUUUAUCAAUAAUUUGGAUUCGUAUCAUGGCGAAUACGUUUUGAGAGAAUUAUCUAAAGUGCUUGAAAAGAAUGCUGAAUUAUCAACGAAACCGACAUCUAUUACUAUCUUAGCGGAAGAUGCCGAACCAACCGCACCACGCCCACCGGAGCAGCUUUAUGAAAUUAUAGGUACUGUGUCUGAUUCAAAAGUCAAGACCAUUGAUAAUGUUGCCAGAAUCAUAACUAAAUCAGAAUGCUUGCCAAAUAUGUUAACUUGUGGCACAGUCGUGUUCGACAUUAGUUACGACAGAGAAGAACUUCAAAUCGCUAUGGAUUAUCUCAAGCUUUUAAAGGAGUUGUUAGAGAAACAAUCCGUUGCUGGAGCAAACACUGCCGAUUUCGGUGAUGGGGACGGCGAAUCAAAAAAGCGAUAUUUGAUAUUGAUAUCAACAGUUAUGACUUGGGCUAGCACUAAGCCACUUGAUCCGGACACCCCUGAUUUGCCAUUCAUAGAAACUGAUUUUCGGAAAAGAAAGCCCCAUCCUAAUUAUAAGAUACACUAUGACAUUGAAAAUGAAGUCGUUGGAAUAGCCCGAAAAUAUAAAACGCAGAUAGGGGCUUUAGUAGUCACAACUGGCGUGACUUACGGUGGAAGCGAAGACGUACUUUUUUAUUGGUUCCAAAAGGCAUGGGAAUGUGAAAAAUUGCUUCCUAUUCUUGGUCGUGGUGGUAACGUGGUACCGCUUAUCAAUGUCCUUGAUCUUGCUCAGAUAAUUUAUAAUUUGAUAACGGAUUUUCCAAAAAAGUUAUAUGUCCUGGCGGUGGAACAGAAUAUUGUAAAGCAACGAGAGAUAGUGAAACCACUAGGUCGCACUGCUGGUUCUGGAAUGUUUAAAUGUAUAACAAAAGAAGAUGCCUUCUUGAUACCUGAGAUUAAUGUAAAUAUAAUUAGGAUAGUAGGGCAACAAAGAAUUUAUGAUUUGAUGACCGUGAAUUUAAACAUGGAGCCGACGUUCAUUGUUGAGACAAUGGCUUUGCAGUGGACAUCCGAGUUGACUUUCGCGGAAAACGUUCCUGCCCUUAUGAAACAAUUCAAAAAAGAAAGAGGAUUGAAACCUUUUAAGAUAAUAGUAUAUGGACCACCAAUAGUUGGUAAGACGACGCUGUCGAAGCUUACCGCCGAGGCAUACGGCCUCGUCUAUAUUUCGCCGGACACGGUGGCUCAAGACAUGUUGGAAGAUUUGACUUGGCGUGUAGACCAUUGGGAUGUAGGCGAGUUUGCUGCGUUACCCCGACCAACAGGCGAGGAAGAAGAUCCAGAUGCAGCAAAUACCGAUGAUGACUUGGGUGACGAGGAGGGGGUACAGGAGACCGCGCGUCAGACACUAGCUAUAUUACGUUCUGGAAGACUACUCACUGAUGAAGAGAUUAUGGGGUCACUUUAA